UCUUCGCCACUAUAAAUGCAGAACUUUGAAGAAUCACCAAACACAUUACUUAACUCUCCCAAAAUGCAAUUCUUCAGCUUGGCUUCCAUCUUCCUUUUUCUAACCUUCCUCUAUUUGUUAAGGAAAUGGAAGAGCCAAACCAAAAAAUUUCCUCCAGGUCCAUGGAAACUUCCUUUUAUAGGAAACAUGCAUCACAUGGCUGGUGGAGUUCCACACCGCAUUCUUGGAGAUUUAGCCAAAAAAUAUGGACCGAUCAUGCAUCUUCAGUUUGGUGAAGUUUCUGCAAUUGUUGUUUCUUCUUCUGAAUUGGCUAAACAAGUACUGAAAACUCAUGACCUCGCUUUUGCAUCUAGGCCUAAAAUCAUAGCCGCGGACAUUAUCUGCUAUGAUAGGUGUGAUAUUGCCUUUAGCCCCUAUGGUGAAUACUGGAGACAAAUGCGUAAAAUUUGUGUCUUAGAAGUGUUGAGUGCAAAGAAUGUUCGAGCAUUUAGCUCGAUCAGACAUGAUGAAGUUUUUCGUCUCAUUGACUCUAUCCGAUCAUCUUCAUCUUCUGGUGAGCUGGUUAAUUUUACUGAAAAGGUCACUUGGUUCACAAGUUCCAUCAUAUGUAGAUCAGCAUUUGGGCAAGUACUGAAGGAACAAGACAAAUUUGUUAAACUAAUGAGCAGAGUGGUAACCUUAGCAGGAGGCUUUGAUAUGACUGACAUCUUCCCUUCAUUCAAGCUUCUUCAUUUUCUCAGUCCAGCAAAACAAACACUUCUUGAUCUCCACCGUAAGGUAGAUUCAACUGUUGAGGAUGUCAUCAACGAGCAUAAGAAGAAUCUUUCAACUCAGAAGAAUGAUGAUGCAUUAGAAGGUGAAGACCUAAUUGACGUCCUACUAAGACUUAAGAAGGAUGGAGCUCUUCAAUUUCCUAUCACCAACAACAAUAUCAAAACUGUUAUUAUUGACAUGUUUACAGCUGGAACAGAAACUUCAGCAGCAACAAUUGUAUGGGCUAUGGUUCAAAUGAUGAAAAAUCCAAGUAUAUUCAUCAAAGCUCAACAAGAAGUACGAGAAGCCUUUAGAGACAAAGUAACGUUCAAUACUAAUGAUGUGGAGGAACUCAAGUACUUAAAGUUAGUGAUUAAAGAAACUCUGAGACUUCAUCCUCCACUUCCACUUUUGGUCCCAAGAGAAUGUAGGGAAGAGACUGACUUAAACGGCUACAUUAUUCCUGAGAAGACCAAGGUCAUGGUUAAUGUUUGGGCAAUUGGUAGAGAUCCAAAAUAUUGGGAUGACGCAGAAAGCUUUAAGCCGGAGAGAUUUGAGCAGUCUUCUAUUGACUUUCUUGGUAAUAAUUUUGAAUAUCUUCCCUUUGGGAGUGGAAGGAGGAUUUGUCCUGGAAUAUCAUUUGGCUUGGCUAAUAUUUAUUUACCGUUGGCUCAAUUGCUUUACCACUUCAAUUGGAAACUCCCUACUGGAAUGAAGCCACAAGACUUGGACAUGAAUGAAUUGGUUGGGAUAGGAUCUGUCAGAAAAAAUGAUCUUUACUUGGUUGCCGCUCCUUAUCAAUCUUAAUGGCAUUGCUUUUCAAAGCUCCUUUGUCAUCUUUACUCUUAUGGCAUCUUUUCUCUAGUGUUUUAAGUUUAUCGGUUUCCAAUGCAUGCAUCUUUCAUCAAAUAAGAAUAUAUCAAAAUAGUUACACUCA